AUGCCAAAUAAUAAUAAUUGUGUACUAGGCCGUCAGAAUUGGCCUCAACUUUCGGCUUCCAGUAACAAUAGAGGAAGUACGAAUAAUCAGACGAGGAAUGAGGACAGCGAUAGAAGUAACAACAAUAACAACAACGACUUUCAACAAUGUAGACGACGGAGGCGAGGACGUUACGAUCAAAGCUGUGACAACGGUGCCGCUGGAUGUAGCACUACGACGACAAAAAAAAAGAAUUCUACAAAACCUUCUACGAAAGUCAAAUAUCAAUCUAUCGAAUGCGCCAGUUCUAAAGGAAAUCGUAAAUUACACAAUGGUAUAGAAUGUUUUGGUACCGUAAUCGGGGAUUCGGAAAAACUUAAAGUUGUACAAAAGUUUUCGUUUUGCGCAGCAAGGCGUAUUACUUGUGAUUUGGUCAUUGGUGAUCCUCAACCUAACCUAACCUUAGUUAAAGCAUCCAUUUAG